CGGGAGACGGCGGAGAGCAGCAAGAAACUGACUGAAAAGGAGAAGGAGGUCGAGGACUUGCUAGAAAAGUUCAAGUCUGUCCCCCCGGUUUUCAAAAAGCGGUUGAUCCCGUUAAAUGACGAGCACAAAAAACUGGUUCUGGUCGGCGGAGGUGGUGGAAAUCAAAAUGGAGCAGGUACAACUACUGCGAAACAAACCGACAACCGUCCGACCGUCCAAGACUUCGACAUUCUCUUCGACGAGACCAAAAUCACGUUCCAGACCGUGCACGGGAAGAGCGGGAGGCUGCUGAGCGAAUUGAGUAACCCGGAGUUGGUCACCCGAAUUUUUGAGUUUUUGGAUUUGAACGCGUUAAACAAGAUAUCGGUUUUGUCUCGCUCGUUCCGCGACUACACGAAGGUGUUUAAAGCGAUGUUCUUGUCGUCGCAAAACGGCC